AUGAAUUGCCCUUCCCGUACCGACGAUACGCUGCUGCACUGCGAGUGGAACCAGAACCCGCCGUUUCUGGCCCCCGAUCUGACCACACGCCAAGACCUCAAUGGCAUCUCUAACGCUCGUGAACGCAAAGAUGGGAGUGGUCUAGUUGGGAUAUCCUUUACUAGCUUUGAUGAGACCUGGAAUGCUCAUACCCAGCAACUCGAUCCGGAGAAAAACCGGUCCCAGGGGGAUGGGGCGUCACUGACCCCGUCAGGACGCCUCAUUCACCCUGCGACCAGCGCUGAUGCUGGUCAGGGGAUUUUAUCUCGCAAUGUCAAUCAAUCGCUGCCCCAAUCUCCACAGGGCUGGGCCUUAUGGCUUCUGUCGGUUCUGUUGACCGCAGCCCUGAUUUCUCAUGACAGCAUCCUGAGAUCCCUGCAUCCAACGCGCCAUUCUAUCGAUGCACCCCCGGCACUUCCCCGAGAGCAACCGCGGCUUCCAAAGCGGGACACCUGUGCUACCAACUCCGUGAAUAAAAGGGAGUACAACACCGGACUGCACGUGGCAGCAGUGUUCAUCAUCCUGUCCGUGUCCACCCUGGCCUGUGUAUUCCCCGUCCUCGCCGCUUGGUCUCCUCGACUUCGCAUCCCAGCCGGGGCUCUCUUCUUUGUCAGCCAUUUCGGUACCGGCGUGCUGAUUGCCACUGCAUUUGUCCAUCUGCUCCCGACUGCAUUCCAGUCUCUCAACAACCCAUGUCUCUCCAUAUUCUGGACAGAGUACUACCCGGCGAUGCCCGGCGCCAUCGCUCUCGGAGGCGUCUUCCUAGUCACGGUCAUUGAGAUGGUCUUCAGUCCUGCCCGACACUGCUGUCGCGGCGGCAUGAAGCCAGGCGAGCAGUUGCCAUAUGUGUCCGGCAGCAACGCAGAGAAAUCACCCACACUACCGCAAAUCGACAUCACAGACCACUCCACCCCGUCAGAUACCCGUGAUCCUCCCACGACGGUACGAGACAGCGGACACCUGCGCGAUAUGGGCCCGUUAAUUGGCCGGUCAUCCAGCAUGAGUCGUGCUAUCAGUCGUAUGACUGAGGAACCCGACCGUGUUGUGCGGAUUUCCUCCGCUCCCGAGGGUGCGUCAACCGGAUCGGAGCCGAAAGGGGAGGUCGUCACUCGGGAUGUAGAACAAGACGACGAGAUGAGUCUAUCGCCACAACAGAAACAUAAGAAAGCAAUCAUGCAGGUUGUGCUCUUGGAAAUGGGUAUUUUAUUCCAUAGUGUGUUCAUUGGAAUGUCACUUAGCGUAUCCGUUGGUAAUGAGUUUGUUAUUCUUCUGGUUGCGAUUGUUUUUCAUCAAUCUUUCGAAGGGUUAGCACUCGGAUCUCGAAUCGCCGCUCUAGAUUGGCCUGAUAAGGCCCUGCAGCCAUGGCUCAUGUCGCUGGCGUACGGAUGCACAACGCCCAUCGGACAAGCCAUCGGUCUCGCGACACAUACCUUGUACAGCCCGGACUCAGAAGUCGGCCUCCUUCUUGUGGGCACUAUGAACGCUAUAUCUGCAGGUCUGCUCAUCUUCGCGUCCCUGGUGGAGCUCAUGUCCGAGGAUUUCUUGAGCGAUGAGAGCUGGCGCGUGCUGCGGGGGAAGAGGAGAGUUUGGGGCUUGGGCUUAGACUAUGUUGUAGUGCUACGUUGGUAG